UCCUGCUCUUCCUGAUGCCUUUCUCCAGUGCACCAGCCCCCAAGCCUCAGCUCUAUCCCACUGGGCAGUUAUCUCUCAUCUUCCACCCAUUUUCUGUCUUCUAGAACAUCUUCUGUGAAAAUCUCGCCCUCGGAUGGACUCUGAUAACUUUGCAAGUUCCUUUUUUCCUUUAUCAUCACUCUGGUGAAGUGCUGGGAAAGAGAAGAGAUAAAUACGCGUACUCAGUUUGCCGUCUUCAGUCAGUCUGUUUUAUUGAAAAGUGUAUGGGUAAAAAAUUUCCCCCGGGGUAAUUUGGUUUUGUGAAUAGUGUAAGUUCCCUGCCUGGAAGAUUCAAGAAGUGAUGCUCUGCUUAUGAGACUAAGGUUGGAGGGCUCAAAGUUUCCUACUCAGUAAUCUGGUAAGAGGAAGCAUUUAGACAGGAGAGGGAGAUAAACUCUGCAGAUGUUUAGACAGCCCUGACACUCAUUUACAACUGGAUAAGAUAGUUCUACAAAAAAAGUUUAGUUAAAGCAAAAGAUCGUGUUCGUUCCGCAGUGGUGGUCCUGGGAAUGUCCUAAUCUUUGAUUUCCUCCAAACUUUGGCACCUGAGAGAAUAAAGCCGCAGCACCAGGGCCACUCCUAAUGCAACUCACUCUCAAAGAAUGUCCCCUUUGAGCCACUGUGAUACCUGCUGGUUACUCCCAUAGAUUCCUCUGGAUUGGCUGCGACUGCAAAUAAAACACUGUUUGCCUGCAAUCAAGUCGAUAAGCUCCAAUAUAAACGAAGGCAGGCACCUGUUCUCAGGCGGCAACUGUGGCGUUCACUCUCUUUCUUCCUAAACGUUUUCAUGCAAGAACUGAGAAGGACCUAUUGUCUCUGGCCAGAAGAAGAAGAUCUUUAAGGAAGAAAAGGCCCAAAAUGGGGCUGCUGAACUCUAAAAAUCCCAAAGACAAGCAAGCCCACAUUCUCCUUCUGGGACUCGACUCGGCUGGGAAAUCUACUCUGCUUUACAGGUUAAAGCUUGCCGAGACUCUCACAACCAUCCCCACCAUCGGCUUCAACGUGGAAAUGGUCCAGCUGGCCAGCGGCCUCCCGCUCACCGUGUGGGACGUCGGAGGCCAGGAGAAGAUGCGGACGGUCUGGGACUGCUACUGUGAGAACGCAGACGGGCUGGUGUACGUGGUGGACUGCUCCGACGGCAAGCAGCGCCUCGAGGACUCCCGCAAAGAGCUCAAGCACAUUUUGCAGAACGAACACAUCAAAAACGCGCCGGUCGUCAUAUUAGCCAACAAGCAGGACUUGCCUGGAGCUCUGAGUGCCGAGGACAUCACCAGGAUGUUCAAGGUGAAGGAGCUGUGCAGCGACCGGAACUGGUACGUGCAGCCCUGCUGCGGAGUCACUGGAGAAGGGCUGGAUGACGGGUUCAGGAAAUUAACUGAGUUUGUGAAAAGCCACCUGAAGACAAGAGACACCUUAGCGUUCUUCAAGCAGAAAUGAGGCGGUGCGACCGUCCCAGCCUCUGAAAGACAGUGAUGAUGUGAAAAUGGGAAAUCUGUCUUAUUUCCCAUGUAAAGUGAGAAAGUGAAUUAUCGAGUUAGCCAACUUUUCUGGAGAUUCAUUGCACCCGGUCCCGCCAAAGAAGGAGCUUUAUAGCAAACUAUGGGGUCAUGGUCGUUGAGAUGGAAGAAUUUAUAUUUUGAAAAGGUUAAUAUGUUGGAUGAUUUGAAAGUCGUAUUUAGAACCAGAUAAAUGUUUAUUAAUUUUCUAUGAC